GCAGGACGCUGGCCCCACGACAAUUAUUCAAUCUACUCAGCAGUCUUGCCUCGGUUUUACCCGCGACUGCCGGAGCCAAAAAUUCUAUCUCCUCUUUCGAUCUUGUCUCGAAUUCUCGCUGAGCUGCCUGGAAACGAUCCGUUACGAGUCUCCGAUUUUACCGUCGUUCGAAGAUCCAGAACGAGACGACUCCAUCUGGUUGAGCCUGGUGGUAUUUUACCAGUUCGCCAAUUUCAUUUUGACAUCGAGAACACAGAGAGAACAAGAUGUCUCCGAGCAACACCCUCUUCCGGGCAAUGCUUCCCCUCCGAUCUUCCAUGACGGGCUUGACGACAAAGUCCUCCUCAACGGCAACCCUUCUCCCUCAAUUAACACGCACAAGCUUGAUGGUUUCCAGCUCUCGGCGAGCAGCUUCUACCUCCGCUGAAAACCAACAGCAACAACAACAACAACAACAACCGCAGCAACAAACACCAACCCCUCCUUCCUCGGCACCCACACCCAUACCCACACCUGCAACCGCAGCAGAAGCCAAAGCCACACCUCCCUCCCUCCGCAGCUACCCCUACACCCUCAAAGUCGGCACCGUGUCUUCCGUCGGCAAGAUGGACCGCACCGUCCGCGUCGCCCACCGUCACACCUUCUGGGACAAGCACCUCCGCAAGUCAUACCCGCAAGUCACCAACUUCCUCGUCUCGGACCCGCGCAACUCCCUGCGCGAGGGCGACGUGAUUGAGUUUUCGUCUGGGUUUCCGAAGAGCCGCAACGUGCACCAUGUCGUUGAGCGGAUCGUUGCGCCAUUCGGAAGCGGGAUUGAGGAACGGCCGCCAGUGAUGUCGCGGGAGGAGCGUGAGGCGGUCCGAGAGCAAAAGAGGGCUGCUAAGUGGGAGCGGAGGGAGAAACGGUUCGAGAGUGGUGAUGAGGAUUCGGGGGUGAAGGAGCAUGUGGGUAGGAUUCGGGGUUUGAUUCUGGAGAGGGAGGCAUAUAUGUGAGCUACUGCCUUCAAAAUUAUUUCCCUCAUUUCCUCCCUCAUAUCUUGGAUUCUGCUCGUGGCACGGAGUUUGCCUAUCAAGAUUUUCGAUUUCAUGUACCUAGUGUAUUAUAUUGUACUGUGUUAUUCAAUUGGGCCUGUGGAUUUUAUGCAAAACAAAAUCAAGCCAUUAGAAGAUACAAACGAAUUCAUCUAUGAAAUGAUCUUCUAAGACCUACA